AGAAGAAGAAGACGUCAGUUUACGACAGGAACUUAAUGCUGGCAACACAAGAUGGCGACCUCCUUACUGCGAUUAGGGCGUCUAGGUUCUCUCAAGUGUCUCCAGUUGGAGAGCUGGGGCAUCCUGAGGAGUCACCCAGCUAUGAUGUUCUGCUCUGGGGUUGAAGACACCACAAAGUCAACCACAAAGACUGAGGCUGCAAACAAGACAGCAGGGGCUCAAGAUGAGCGAGCAACCCUGCUAGCCUACAAGACUGCAGUUGCCUUCCCAGUUAGAUUUUCCAAGCCUGAGGUUUCCUCAGCACAAUAUCUAGGUGUAGCUGAACCAGUGUCCAGCUCCGCAGCAGCAGCAGCAGCAGCAGCAGCAGCAGCAGCUCGAGGGCCUCUCACUGAUGCUGGUGAACCAGCUGGAGCUGUGCCACAGAUGGAAGACAUUACAGCCACUUCCUCGAAUCUAGCUCCAGACCCAGAUAUUUCUCACGUUGCUUCAGACCCUUCUUUAACUGUAAGUGACACAACACCAGCAGAUAAGCCCCUCGCAAGCUCUGUUUCAGAGGGUGCAGUCCCAACCACCAAAGCUUCCUCAGAGCCUCAUGAUCCAGUAGCUGAUGGAUCGUCCUCCUCAUCAUCCAGCUCAGACUCAGACUCUGAUUCUGACUCUGAUGACGAGAAGUCUGAAGCAAAGACACAAACCAAGACCUAUCCACCAAAGAUGACAGAGUCUGCUAUGAAAGAAGAGACGGUAGCCCACGAAGUCACUUCAGAGUUGAAGUAUGGCACUAAGGAAGAUAACAAGGAGGCUCCUUCAAAACACAAAUAUACUCCAGUCUAUGCUGUUGAGGCUGUACAAGAAACGUCUUCAUCAUCACCACUUACAGCUGUAACAUCAGCUGUAAAAGCAGCUCAAGCUACUUUGGAGACACCCUUAGUAACCCUUAGUGACAGUUCUGAGGAGUUGGUGGAUUCUGCCCCUGUGUUCUGCACUGCUGCAGAAGAUACUCUAGAGGUCACUCCAGCUGUCCCCAAUACUCAUAGAGAAACUCCAGCUGUCCCCAAUACUCAUAGAGAAACUCCAGCUGUCCCCAAUACUCAUGGAGAAACUCCAGCUGAAGUUGUCGCUGAGGUUGCAAGUCCAGAGAAAAAUCCAUGUCAUAAUUCUGUAAGUACAGAACCUGCUCAUUCUGCUCAGAUCCAUGUGGAAGGAGCUGCAUUUGCUCCUGUGGAAGCUGCUGCCAAGCCUUUGGAAGUUGAAAUUGCCCCCACUGAAGCCGCUGCUGAGCAUGCAGCUGAUGAUUCCACUCAUAUGGAAAGCACUGAGGAGCUGAUGGACCCUGCCCGAGUCAUAGCUGAAGGUGCUGGAGCGGAUCCACAUGUGGAGGCAACAGUUGAGGAACAAAAAGUGGCACCUCCAGACCCUGAGGAUCCAUUUGACAACAGCACUUAUAAAAACUACCAGCACCACAGCUACACCCCCUUCACAUUCGUUGACCUGGAUGUAGAGAUGGCCAAAUUCCGUCUCCCUCAGCCUUCAUCUGGAAGACCCUCACCCAGACACUAGAGGAGGCAGACUUGCUGUGAAUCUGUAUAAUGCUUAUAAAUAUCCCUCCACUUGUCACAGAAUAAAAGUCAGCUGUUAAAAUGUUGUAUUUAAUUUCACAAACUUUA